AUGCCCCGCCGCCGCCCCCCGGCUUCCGGUGCUGCGCAGUUUCCGGAGCGGAUCGCAACCCGGAGUCCGGAUCCGAUCCCGCUCUGCACAUUGCAAAGGCAGGUGUCAGCGAUGGCUGAAGAUGGGAGCGAAGAGAUCAUGUUCAUCUGGUGUGAAGACUGCAGCCAGUACCACGACUCCGAGUGUCCGGAGCUGGGCCCCGUGGUCAUGGUCAAAGACUCCUUUGUGUUAAGCCGGGCAAGGUCGUCCCUGCCUCCCAACUUGGAGAUCAGGCGGCUGGAAGACGGAGCCGAAGGCGUGUUCGCCGUCACUCAGCUCGUGAAGCGGACGCAGUUCGGGCCGUUCGAGUCCCGGAGGGUCGCCAAGUGGGAGAAGGAGUCCGCGUUCCCGCUGAAGGUGUUCCAGAAGGACGGGCACCCCGUGUGCUUCGACACGUCCAACGAGGACGACUGCAACUGGAUGAUGCUGGUGCGGCCGGCGGCGGAGCCCACGCACCAGAACCUGACGGCCUACCAGCACGGCAGCGACGUGUACUUCACCACCUCCAGGGACAUCCCGCCGGGCACCGAGCUGCGCGUGUGGUACGCCGCCUUCUACGCCAAGAAGAUGGACAAGCCCAUGCUGAAGCAGGCCUGCGCCGGUGCCCACGCUGCAGGUGCCCUGGAGAGCAGCGCCCCCGCCCCCGUGGAGCCGGAGCCCAGCCCCUGGGCCUGCAAGGUGUGCUCCGCCUCCUUCCUCGAGCUGCAGCUCCUGAACGAACAUCUCCUGGGUCACCUGGAACAGGCCAAGAGCCUUGCUCCAGGCAGCCAGAGCGAGGUGUCCCCCGAGAAGGAGCCAGAGGCGCCCCGGGGGGACGCCCCUGCAGUGCCCGGGAAUGAGAGCGUUGGGGCCACCAAAGAACAGAAGAAAAAGCCUCGAAGGGGGAGAAAACCCAAAGCAUCCAAGACCGAGCAGCCUCUAGUCAUCGUUGAGGACAAAGAGCCGGCAGAGCAAGUGGCAGAGAUCGUUGCCGAGGUCCCCCCGGACGAGCCUGUGAGCGGGACGCCGGACGAGCGGAUGAUGGAGCUGGUCCUGGGCAAGCUGGCCGGCAGCGCCGCGGACGCCAGCCCCGUGCCAAAGUUCGCCCACCACCAGGGCGGCGGCAUCUCCCUCAAGCGGAGCCUGAUCCUGUCGGGCAGGCACGGCAUCCGGCGCAAGCUCAUCAAGCAGCUGGGGGAGCACAAGCGGGUGUACCAGUGCAGCAUCUGCAGCAAGGUCUUCCAGAACAGCAGCAACCUCAGCCGGCACGUGCGCUCCCACGGUGACAAGCUGUUCAAGUGCGAGGAGUGCGCAAAGCUGUUCAGCCGCAAGGAGAGCCUGAAGCAGCACGUGUCUUACAAGCACAGCAGGAACGAGGUGGACGGCGAGUACCGGCACCGCUGCGGCACGUGCGAGAAGACCUUCCGCAUCGAGAGCGCGCUGGAGUUCCACAACUGCAGGACAGAUGACAAGACGUUCCAAUGUGAGAUGUGUUUCAGAUUCUUCUCCACCAACAGCAACCUCUCCAAGCACAAGAAGAAGCACGGGGACAAGAAGUUCGCCUGUGAGGUCUGCAACAAGAUGUUCUACCGCAAGGACGUCAUGCUGGACCACCAGCGCAGGCACCUGGAAGGAGUGCGGCGGGUGAAGAGAGAGGACUUGGAAGCCGGCGGGGAGAGCCUGGUCCGCUACAAGAAGGAACCUUCCGGAUGUCCAGUGUGCGGCAAGGUGUUCUCCUGCAGGAGCAACAUGAACAAGCACCUGCUGACCCACGGCGACAAGAAGUACACCUGCGAGAUCUGCGGGCGCAAGUUCUUCCGCGUGGACGUGCUCAGGGACCACAUCCACGUCCACUUCAAGGACAUCGCGCUGAUGGACGACCACCAGCGGGAGGAGUUCAUCGGCAAGAUCGGCAUCUCCUCGGAGGAGAACGACGACAACUCUGAUGAGAGUGCAGACUCGGAGCCCCACAAGUACAGCUGCAAAAGGUGCCAGCUCACCUUCGGCCGGGGCAAGGACUACCUGAAGCACAUCAUGGACGUGCACAAGGAGAAGGGCCACGGCUGCAGCAUCUGCAACCGGCGCUUUGCGCUGAAGGCCACCUACCACGCCCACAUGGUCAUCCACCGCGAGAACCUGCCGGACCCCAACGUGCAGAAGUACAUCCACCCCUGCGAGAUCUGCGGGCGCAUCUUCAACAGCAUCGGGAACCUGGAGCGCCACAAGCUCAUCCACACAGGUGUGAAGAGCCACGCCUGUGAGCAGUGCGGGAAGUCCUUCGCCAGGAAGGACAUGCUCAAGGAGCACAUGCGUGUGCACGACAACAUCCGCGAGUACCUGUGUGCCGAGUGCGGGAAAGGCAUGAAGACCAAGCACGCACUGCGCCACCACAUGAAGCUGCACAAGGGCAUCAAGGAGUACGAGUGCAAGGAGUGCCACCGCAGGUUCGCGCAGAAGGUCAACAUGCUCAAGCACUACAAGAGGCACACGGGGAUCAAGGAUUUCAUGUGCGAGCUGUGCGGGAAGACCUUCAGCGAGCGGAACACCAUGGAGACGCACAAGCUCAUCCACACCGUGGGCAAGCAGUGGACGUGCUCCGUGUGCGACAAGAAGUACGUCACCGAGUACAUGCUGCAGAAGCACGUGCAGCUCACGCACGACAAGGUGGAGGCGCAGAGCUGCCAGCUGUGCGGGACCAAGGUGUCCACCAGGGCCUCCAUGAGCCGGCACAUGCGGCGCAAGCACCCCGAGGUGCUCGCGGUGAGGAUCGACGACCUGGACCACCUCCCCGAGACCACCACCAUCGACGCCUCCUCCAUCGGCAUCGUCCAGCCCGAGCUGACGCUGGAGCAGGAGGACCUGGCGGAAGGGAAGCACGGGAAGGCGGCCAAGCGGAGUCACAAGCGGAAGCAGAAGCCGGAGGAGGGGGCGGGGCCGCCGGUGCCCGAGGAGGCCGCCUUCAGCGAAUACUCGGAGAAGGAGGCGGAGUUCGCGGGCGGCGUGGGCGACGAGACCAACUCCGCCGUGCAGAGCAUCCAGCAGGUGGUGGUGACCCUGGGUGACCCCAACGUGAGCGCCCCGUCCAGCUCAGUCGGCCUGACCAACAUCACCGUGGCUCCCAUCACCACCGCGGCCGGGACUCAGUUCACCAACCUGCAGCCGGUGGCCGUGGGGCACCUGACCACCCCCGAGCGCCAGCUGCAGCUGGACAACUCCAUCCUGACCGUGACCUUCGACACGGUCAGCGGGUCGGCCAUGCUGCACAACCGCCAGAACGACGUGCAGGUCCACCCGCAGCCCGAAGCCUCGAACCCGCAGUCGGUGGCGCACUUCAUCAACCUGACCACGCUGGUCAACUCCAUCACGCCCCUGGGGAGCCAGCUGGGCGACCAGCACCCGCUCGCCUGGCGGGCCGUGCCCCAGACGGACGUGCUGCCGCCCGCCCCGCCGCAGGCGCCCCCGCCCCAGGCCGCCCCGCCGCAGGUGCAGGCGGAGCCGCAGCAGCAGAUGUACAGCUACUGAGCCGCGAGGGGCAGCCGGGCCGGGGCGGGCGUGUUGCGUGUUGCCGGAUACCAAACGAACAAACAAAAAAGUCACGUGUUGCAAUGUACGCAAGGUUGGCUUAGCUUUUUCGGAAGUGUCUCCAAACCCCUCCUAGGACGGCCACGGUCCGUCAGCUUAGCUUGAGAAGCGCGCCGACGGCCGGAGCUUUAAACCGGGUCUGGUUCCACGGCGCCUUUAGCCAGGCGGAGCGCUGGGGCUGGGCCACUCCUCCCGCCCUUCCGGGCUGUCCGCAUCCCCGGCUUUGGGGACGGAAACGUAGAGGCAGGCUCCCAAGAGGCAAGUGGUAAGUUACUAGGAGCGUUAAUGGUUCAUUUCCUCCUUUCCUUUGAGCUCAGUUACUGUGUUGAACUUGACAGACAGUGCCCGCACGCGGCAGUGGCUGCAGGGAAACACGGCCUUGUCCUCCCCCUGGGAUUCUCCUAGCAAGCGAGCAGGUGGAAGUUUAGCAUCCAUUCUCCCCUUCGAGAUGCGAGUUGAGUCGAUGUGCCGUUCGUUGGGCUGAAGCCAGGUGCGAGGUGUGCCCCGCGGCACGGGAGCCUGCCGCCCUCAAGCUCAUCCCGGGGUCAGGCAAGGUCACUGACUCCGGCAUCAAAGACAUCCUGGUCAGAUCCGUGAAUCAUUAUCAGUGCAGUUCCUUUCACGUUUUUGCUUUAUCUCAGAGAUACGUCACGUACUCAUGACUGUGCUGUGGCCAAUGUUGUUUUUUAACUUUAUUUUAACCUGAGUCGUUCACACUGUAGGACUGUGGGUCUGGGUCCGCACGGCUGCCCCGGCAGGAGCCCUCGGAGCGGCCUCAGGACCCCGCCACCCACGCGUGUUUACCCGUGAGCUCAGCUGGAGCCCCCUGGGUGGGCGGAGAGGGAACGCAAGCAUGUGUCCUUUUGUUCGAACUUUAACUCCAAAGCCUGGCCUGUCUCAAGACCAACACAAAGAACGUGCUGAGCCCGGCACGGCGGGUGGGAAAGAGCAGGGCGGCUGGCCCGGUUGCAGCAGCAGUGAUUGCCCCUAAUAAAUGAAUGUGGGGAUGAACGGCCGGCUCCGCGUGUGCAGGGACACGUGCUGUCAUACGUGCGUGCAGCUUCGGGGGUGUGGGCCAGGCUCGCGGACGGAGAGGGCUCGCGGACGGAGAGGCCCCGCCGCCAGCGCCCUGCCACCCGCCGCGGGAGCUCCCGGAGGCCGGGGGAGAGGUUCGAUUCUAACUCUCCUGAUAUUUUUUAACACUGUCCAAAAUGAAAUGAUAGACUUGCCUUAUUUUGCCCUUGGUCACUGCUGGUCCCAGAUCUACAUUCCCUAGGGAACACCGUGGACCAUCGGUGAUUGACAGACCAGGCCAGAGGGGCCCGACACGCAGCCAGGCACGGGCGGCUGGUGUGACACAGAACGCACCUUGAUCACCGCCUGACGCCGCCCCGGACAGCACGCUUCCGCGCACAGGCCUAGAUCGUGUUUGUGCAAUACAGGGCCUCGCGGGCUGGGGGGCGCCGCCCCAGGCAGCGGCGGGGGCCUGCGUGCAAGGCCCCGCUCCCCGUUCCCGCCUCCACCGAACCGUAGUGGGAGAGCCUUUUACUUUUUAAUUUAUGAUAAUUAUUUUUAUGUUAUUUAUGUAUAUAAUUAACUGCUUUGUACAUGAUAGUUUCAUCAAAUGAACUUGGGGUAGGAGUGAUAUAUUUUCUAAAACGCUGUCUCCAUUGUCCAAAUAUGUGUGGUCCGGGCAUCCACGGGCUCGGCGAGAGAUCCCGGGUUCCUGAGAUAUUUUUGUAAAACUCGGUGACGAUUUCUUUCUGCCUUGGCGAGAACCUAGCGGGCAAACACGCUAACAAAGAACCCACACGGGCCCCGGGCCCGUGAUCCGACAUCACUAGCAUUUGCCUUUUCUUCCUCUCCCCCGUGAGGAAAGGCCUUUGAGAUCACAAUUUUAUUUUUCUAAAGAAGCUGUUUUAGUGCCUAGAGUAAGACUGCAUCACAUGUUUUUAAAGAGCCUAACGUAGACCACGCGGCCCUGGUGUGUCGCCGUAUUUAUUGAAAUGCCAGAUGCGUCCUGCCUGUUGUUAUGCUAUAAGGGAGGGCUCUAAAUAAAAGUCAGACUCACUCCCGGUUUCCUAGCAACACACGUGGUCUUCCUGGGGCCACUGCGUGAGGGAAGGUGCGUGGUCCCAAGGCAGUCGCUGUGAGUUUGCGUGUUCAUAACUGGAUGCAAAAAAACAAAAGUACUACUCAGCCAAGUCAUCGAGUGCACACUGUCUGCAUAUUUAUCACUGUUUAUCGGCAGAAAGUAUUUAAUUUUUUUACCUGAUCCACGGUGCACAGAUGUGUCCUUAAAGGAGGAAAUCAGACCGAGCCAUCGUGGCCUCUGAGCUCUGUGAAUCCAUCUCAGUUGUUAUAAAUUAAUAAAUUAUGAGAAUUUAUUUUUGAUCUGUGACUCUGUGGCUCUGCGUGCUGAAGUGCCACACGUGUGGGCCCUGCAGGGCCAUCGCAGGUACGGCCGCUCCCCUCCCCGGGACUGGCGCGCUCUGUGGGGGAGGGGCCGGGGCUCCGGACGGGUCCAGCGGGUGGUGUGUUCUCUCAGGAAAACGCUCUGUGCCAAGCACCCCUCGCUGUGCCCUCGGGAGCUGCUCUGGAGAGUUCCGGGCGCGUCAGGGAGAUGUCCUGACCGUAGGUGGUGGUCUCGCUCACAGCUUCCCCUAGGCGCGGCGUCUCUGGCUUCCCCUAGGGAUUUGCAAGGCGGUAAGGCUGUUCUGGGACGUCGAGUGUAUUUCGUGUCACACUGUUUUGUAUGCUGAUAAAUAAAAGGUGCUGUGA